CCUCUCAAAUCCUCCAAAUUUGGUUGGGUGUGAACCCAAUUUGACUCCAACAACCUGGACACUUCUCUCCCAGAAUCAUAUGCCCUAGUGAAAUGAUCCUCAAUAUCCUUCAAUGCUUCAAGCAGCUCCCUCCCUCCAUCUAAUCCUUUCUCCAUAUCUGUUAAUUCUGUUACCCCCUUCUUAUCCACCUCCUCCUCCCCCAAAACACCCACAACUCUUUCGCUCUCCUCUCCCUUUACCACCUCCUCGCCCCAUUUCUGUUCCACUUUCCCACUUUCAGCUCUCUCAUCUUUCAUUACUCUACUACAAAUUUCUUCUUCUUCCUUCUCCAACUCUGGUAUUCCCUCUCUCUCCCUCACCACCUUCAAGUCCUCCUCCGAGAUCUGGUGGUUGUACCCAUAAAAAGGGUUAAAGAAAUCCCAACCACCAUAACCAUCACCAGUGGGUAUUUGUGUUGAAUGCUGCAAUACCUCUUCUCGAGGCAUUUCCAUAUAAAAAUACCCACAAACUGCUGCUGCCUGCUGGGCCUUCUCCUCUUUCUUCUCGAGGUGGUAUACAUCCUCUCUUUCCUCAUUCUCUUCUUCUUUUUCUUCUUCAUCCUCUGAAGAGUGUAGGCAUGACCCCAGACAGUCAGCGGUUUCUUGGGUUGGGUUUUGCUGAAGAAACAUUGGGUUUGAAUCAGCCUUAUUUUCUUGAGGAGGGGAAGGUGGUGGUGGGAAGGUGAUGAGAUAUGGAGAAGCAGGUGAAGUAUGGCGAGCUACAAAGAGUCUGAGAGCAGCUGAGACUCCAUUUAGUGCUUGGCAGUACCUAUGGUGCGCAUCUGCCAAGCUGUACCUUCUCUCUACAGUAAGCUUCAGUUGCUUCUUUCUUUCUCUGCAUAUGGAUACUACCCCUUCUUCCUCUUGCUCAAACUUUGAAGAAACGCACCCCAUCUCUCCUCUCCCUCUUUCUUUGGGGUGAAAAAUGGAAGAAAACAAAAGAGGGGUAAAAAGGUGGGUGCUUUCUUCUUCCGGAGAAUGUGGGUUGAAAUAUACUUUAGGGAUUUUUGCAAAGGUAAUUUCUUUUACCUAAAAAAAACGGAGGGAUUCUUUUUCUUGAUUUUGGCAACUCGGGAAACACAGUUAGAAGAUGGAGUAAACCUUUAACAGGUGCAUUGGAGAAGAAGGCCGCACAAGGUUCUGGCAAAAAGGAGUGCCCUAGCUAUAUAAGAGCAAAACAACAAGAAUGCUUCUGCUAAUCUGCAGGCGGUCGACUUGUAUGUCAAAUAUAUUUUCUUGGUUUCUUCUCUGGUUUUUUUUUGGGUUUUAUUUUUCAACAGAGAAAAUGCUGUAGAAAGAGAAGACAGUAUGGAAAAGGAAGGUUGGGCUCGAGGAGGAGGGAGAGUCUCGUACUCAGUAAAAACACGACUGUACUUAUUGGUUACACCGCCGCAGUGACGCCGCCCUGGUGACACCACCACAGUGACGCCGCCAUAGUGACACCGGAUUUUCCAGUGACACCGCCCACCGGAAUAUACUCCGGCCGCCGUCAAUGUGGAGAAAUUUUCCAGCGCCCAACCGCCAGCAACAACGACUUGCCACCGCCACCCCUCCCCGUCCCCAGCCACCACCGCCACCCCUGCCCGUCCCCAGCCUCCACCGCCACCCCUACCCGUCCCCAACCACCACCGCUGCCCCAUCCGUCGCCACCGCCCCUGUCCCAUCCACAACCGCCACCCCUGCCCCCGUCCCUGCCCCUAGUCGAGUACUCCGGUCCCCAACCCCCUCCCCUUCCCUGCCCCUAGCCGCCCACUCCCAGUCCCCAGCACCCUCCCCUACCCCGCCCCCUGUUGGUCCUUCAACCCCUCUCUGACUUCGAGGACGGUGGAUCCGACAGAUCUGGCACUAUUUGCGCCAAAGCUGAGUCGUCGUCCACCAAGGUUGGUUGAACCGCCCUCGAUGCCCGCUCAUCGGAUUCACUACCCUCAAAGUUCGGAUUUAGCCCCUUUGCAGUCGGAAUCGCCCCAUUUGCGCUCGGCCGUUCGGAAUCCCUGCAACUAGACAGAAAUAGAAGAAGAAGAAGAAGAAGAAGAAGAAGAAUGAUGGCGGUGCAGCAGGGAGGACUUGAGGUGGCGGUGAGAGGUAGGAAGAUGUCUGAGGAAAGGCGCCGGCGACGGGGCUGGAUCUUCGGCGGUGGUUGUUCAGCGAUGAAGGAAGGAAGCAAAUUUGACGCUAAGGAAGAGGAAGGAAGCGGAAGUUUCAAAAUUUGAGGCUAAGUCAUAUUUUGGGAAAUUUCAAAAGUGAUUAUAUUUGUGUCCAUUUAAACUUUCUAGAUAAUAUUUUUGCCAUGUAUUCAUUAUAAAAACCAUACGGGGUAUCUAAUUUAACAAUAACAAUAAUUAAUUUUACUAUAGAGCAUAAAUAGUAGUGUAGUGAC